GGGCAAGCCGUACUACAGCCACAGGUUGCCAUGUACCGAGUGUGUAGUAUUGGCCUCUGCGCUAGAUUGAGACUGGAUUCAGUGAAGGGUUCCAAUGGAGGGCUUUUCGGACAAUACUUGCUUGCGUGCGGUGCACAGCUGCGUUGCAUCCGCACCUUGCAGAGGCACGUCGUCGCCUAGAGUAGAACAACAACGGUUCGAAAAUCAGGCGAUAAAGUUUGCGCAGUGCUCAUUCAAUCCAACACUUUUUCGGCUGUCCAUCUCAAGUGGUCGUCGUUCGUCUCAUGUAGUGCGACUCUGGACGGAAUGGCGACAUGGCCUGUCAAGACUCCAUUCUCACUGGGACUUCACAUGUAAAUCGACGACAGUCAGGGCUUGGCGUGAGGUGCCCGACUGUUGUGGAAGUCUUCCCGGGGGCCUUUGCGGUUGCAUAUCGUGUAAGGAGUUUACGAUGUCGUUGGGUGUUUUGUUUUGUCUUGGCCAAGGUGGGAAAGCAGCGAUGGUUCUGGACAGGACGGUGUUGAACCAAGCACGGGCAGUCACAUCGAUCCCAUCCAUGAUCCAAUAUGCCUUCCCCGCGUGAUACGCAACGAUGUGAUGUCAAGGGAGCCGCGAGAGGCAGGUCAGCUCGGGUACCUUACCUGAGAAUAGAUGAUUUUGGCACGGAAGUCGCGGAGCAGAUGCAG